AUGAACAACAACCGCCCCAGCGUCGACGGCAAACCGGACGCUGCGUUUGCAUUUAAGCCCCGGACCAACCUCUCCUCCAGGGACUUACCCAGCUUUUCCAAGACAUCCCGCGACUCCAAGACAGGAAUCGACGCUGGCGCCCUCAGAGAAAUCGGCGCCAUGGUGAACGAGCGCGCGCCACCAAAGGCGCCUCUGCAGUCUCUCGAUACCAUCGAGAAACCAUCAGAGAGCCAGCUGGGACGCGAAAGGUCCCCCGACGACGACGAUGUUGCGGCCUUGAUCAGCCACAAGGGCUGGGGCUCUAUUAAGAGUAAAUAUCGAGACCCGUCGGCCGGAGCGACAAGCCACCCGACAUUUGGCCACCCAACGAAGAUGAUGUCGUCUCGUAAGCAGAAGGCGAACAUCUUUAUUCAGCAGAAGAGCCGACCCGAACACCACCUUGGCGGUACCAAGAUCAGUGGCCCACGACAGCCGAGCUACCAAGACCGCAAACCCCCACCACUGCCCGUCUUCAAUUCGAAUAUCCCGCCCCGUAAAGCGACGAGCAGCUACGAGGACGAGGUUUUCUACACGGAUCCGAAUAAGGCGAGCUCCGACCUCAAGGCUCUCCUUGAGGGCGGGAUGGACGAUGAGGAUGACGCCGAAGAGACGCCAAGUUCAUCGGAGCCGAACAAGGAUCUGCAGUCUGAGCCAGCCGCUGCUGCAUCGACAUCGCCCGCAUCGGCAGAAGCAACCAAGACGGACCAGCCGAAGAAGUUUCGCAUCGGCGACGAUGGAGCGGUAGACGGUCUCAAAGUCAAGCUGCUGCCUCAUCAGGUCGAGGGUGUCAACUGGAUGCGUGGCCGCGAGCUUGGCCCGGUCAAGCGAGGCAAGGUUCCAAAGGGCGGGCUCCUGGCCGACGACAUGGGUCUCGGCAAGACGCUGCAAACAGUCUCGGUCAUUUUGACUCAACAGAAACCCCAGAAGGACGAGCCCGGUUGGAAGAAACAGUUCGAGGGCGUAUCAAAAACGACGCUUGUUGUGGCUCCACUAGCUCUCAUUCGUCAGUGGGAGCAGGAGAUCAAAGACAGAGUUGCCAAGACACACCGGCUCAAGGUUCUGGUACAUCAUGGGCCGCAACGGACGAAGAAUUUUAAGGACUUGGCUUUGUACGAUGUGGUCAUCACGACGUACCAAAUCCUGGUUUCGGAACAUGGCCAUUCGUCCGACGCCGAAGGUGGCCUCAAAGCUGGAUGCUUCGGCCUUCACUGGUGGCGAGUUGUUUUGGAUGAGGCACACACCAUCAAGAACCGCAAUGCCAAGUCCACCAAGGCGUGCUACGCCUUGCGUUCAGAAUACAGAUGGUGUCUGUCCGGCACGCCCAUGCAGAACAACCUCGACGAGCUGCAAUCACUUGUCAAGUUUCUGCGAAUUGCUCCAUACGACAACCUCAAGCAGUGGAAAGAACACAUUGACGCUCCUCUAAAGAACGGCAAGGGCCACAUAGCCAUCCGCCGCCUUCACAGCAUCUUAAGGUGCUUCAUGAAGAGAAGGACCAAAGAAAUUCUCAAAGAGGACGGUGCCCUCAACCCAGGUGGCAAGCCGUCUGGUGAGGGAGAAUCGACAACUGGGUUCAGACAUACCAAUAGAAAUGUUGUCACAGUCGCGGCAGAAUUGACGCCGCAGGAGCGACGGUUCUACAACCGUUUGGCAGCUAGGGCCGACCAGAAGAUGGAGGCCAUGAUGAAGGAAAGAAUCAGUUACGCCAACGCCUUCACCCUCCUCCUCCGUCUUCGCCAAGCAUGCAAUCACCCGAAGCUGGUGGAAGGCAAGCUAGAAAAGGACAAAGAUGCCAUGUCCAUCGGAUCCAGCCAGAAGUCCCAAGACACAGACGUGGACGCCAUGGCAGAUAUGUUUGCUGGAAUGGGCAUCGAAUCCAAGAGUUGCAGCGUCUGUGGUCGGGAACUUAGCUCUGUUGACACAGAGCUCGGACGAGACAAUUGCGCAGAAUGUCACGACGACUUAGAGUACUUCAAGACUCAUACAAAAUCCGGAAAGAAGAAGAGAAGAUCCAAGAAGAGCAAAAAGAAAACGAAGACCACGAAGCGCGAGCAAGUGGCGCAGGUGGGAGCAAAGGAUGGACAGCACGCGGAUGAGAAUACGGAGAAGAAGCCGCCGCAGGCUCGCCGCCGGCCUCGAAAUCGAAACGCGGUCAUCGAUAGCGAUGACGAGGACGAGGCCGAAGGUAGCUGGCUUGUGGGAGAGGCAGAGCGCGGCCCCCUCAACCUGGGCAAGGCGGGAGGAGAAGAGGAUGAGAACGCCGAAGGCGGUGGUGAUUGGCUGGGCUCCGAGGACUCCGCGGACGAGGCGCUUGACGACAAGGACCAGAGCAACCUCAGCAGCUUUGUCGUGGACGACGAGGCUGCCAAGAAGGAGGACGGGUAUCGAUCGGUCGACGAAGCCUCGGAUGACGACUCAUUAUUGUCUGUAUCAGCCUUGACAAAGCAGAUGGCAUCCCAGACACUCGAAGAUAAGCCCCAAAAGCCUGCAGACUUGUCGCAAAACGCUACGUCUGAUGGCGCUUCUGCCUCUGAGGACGAAGCAAGCGAUUCAGAAUCCGACGCCGAUGGCACCGACGACGGCUACUCCUCUGAAGACAGCUCUUAUCAUUCGUGGCCCUCAAAGUCCGACAAGGGCGUCGCUUCUGCCAAGAUACGGGAACUCAUCAAGAUCCUGCAGGCCGAGGUGCAGGAGCACAAGUUCAUCGUCUUCUCCCAGUUCACGUCGAUGCUCGACUUGGUAGAGCCGUUCCUCAACGACGAAGGGUUCGAGUUUACGAGAUACGACGGCAGCAUGAAGAACGACGCCCGCGAGGAGAGCCUCCGACGACUGCGCGAGGAUAAGAAAGUUCGAAUCCUGCUGUGCAGUUUGAAGUGCGGUAGUCUGGGGUUGAACCUGACGGCGGCGACGAGGGUCGUCAUCAUCGAGCCGUUCUGGAACCCGUUUGUCGAGGAGCAGGCCAUCGACCGCGUCCAUCGCCUCACGCAGACCGUCGACGUCACCGUUUACAGGCUCACAGUCGCCGACACAGUCGAGGAGCGCAUCAUCGACCUGCAGAACAAGAAGCGCCUGCUCGCCGAGCAGACCAUCGAGGGCGGCGCCAAGAACGGCGGCAAGGGCCUCAAGCUCGCCCUCGAGGACAUUGUCGACCUCUUCAAGCCCGGCGGGUACCAGCACGACGACGGCCAGGACGACGGCGACUACGGCGCGGAGGCCGAGGAGCGGCGCAAGGCGCGCCAGGCUAUGAACGUGUUGCGCCGCAAGCCCGUGAGGCAGGAGAGCUCCGUGUAUGGCCGCAGGUGGGACUAG